UGACUUUCAUCAAUGAGGUGCAGACGUUUGUUGUGAAAUUUGUUUCUUAUUAUUUAUUCGCCUUCCAUCGUUUUGUGUGAUGUUAUUAGUUAGAUAGGAAUUAAAUCUUUUUUACUUUACACUAGAUAGAAGGCGACAAAUAUUUUUCUUGAGUGUCUAAAUGUAGUUGUCGUGAUGUUUCUUGAGCGCAUAUUAUUGCCUGUGGUCUGCCUCGGAUUAAAUGUUUUCGGUUCGUCUUCUGCCGAGGAGGUGGAAAUCAGAGAGGUAGCAGUGGACAAAGGCACCAAUGUUACGAUACCUUGCGGAGGCCUGCUCACCUUGCCGCCUCCCAAUGUAUUGUGGGUGCAUAGGGGAAACCGGACGCAUCAUGAAAUCUUGUUGGACGGCAGCCUCUUCCUUACAAACAUCGAUGUCGACGACGCUGGCAUGUACGAAUGCGGCGUUGAAAACGAAACAGCCUUCUUGGACAGGGUCAACCUCACUGUGCGAACGGAGCCCCCACCGCUAGUGAAUGUGACAGUCCACGCGUCAACAAUCCUAGCUCUGAUCCUGUGGAACGUGGCUGGUGACGGUGGACACCCCAUCAUAGACUUCACCGCUCAAUACAGGUCCGCGACACCCGUCAACGGCAGCCUGGAGCCUUGGAGGCCCAUCAGCCCUAACCAUAUCAGCCCCAAUUCGCGCCAAAUCGACGUGUACCACUUGGACACGAAUGCGUCCUACUGGUUCCGGGUGUGGGCCACCAACGUGCUGGGCCCCGGGCCACCGGUAGAGGUCGUCGCCACUACUCUGUACAGCGACCAGGAAGCAGAGCUGAUCAGGCACUUCUUCCCGGAAGAGUCGGCGCAGUUCGACACUCGCACAUGGGUGGCCGCAGUGUGCGUAGUAAUGGGCACUCUGGUCGUGCUAGCGGCCGGGACUUGCGCGGUGCUGUGCCGGGAGUGGAGGCGAUCCGACUACGGCGAUGAUGAAGAUAUAAUAGAAUUAGUGCCUAAUAUAAUUUUGAACCCUGGAUUUAUGGAAAGUGACCCUGUGAGGGUUCGGCAGCCCUAUGCAGCUUCAAUCAUCAGGUCGACGGAGUGCCCCGGGCCAGGGAAGCCGCGGAGGGUCUGAUUCUCGUCUAUUCUUAACCUGAGGAUAUUCUAUCGAACCGAUUCCGGGACGAUGUCAUGAUUUAUAUUGACGCCGCUUUGGGUGUGAGUUUUUGAGAGGUUUGUUGUUUGGGCCAGAAAAUGAGAUUAAAAAUAAUACAAAUAUAUAUAUUUUGCUGUAUUAUACACGUAUUUAAGAAAUAAACCAAAUGUUAUAACUUUUUUUAUACAAUAAUUUUUUUAAGCAUUACAAUUUUUUUGUUAUGUAUGUAUGUGUACGUAUUGUAAAAGUAAAAACUGGCCCAAAAUUGAAGACAUAUCAGACUUGUUUUAUCUGGUCGAUGAGAUAGAAUAUGCUACUGGUUCUUAUGCUACACUCUCGGGUUUGACUUAAUAUCUAAGGCAGUUUUCUCAAAAAUAUGUUUUUUUUUCAUAUAUUUGCAAACAUUUAAACUUUCACACUUCGCAUACAAAAAAUGUACAAAGAACUUCUCGAUAGAUCGCGUUAUAUUUGGUUUUGUUAUAUUUAGUUCAGUUAUAUUGUCAAGUAGUUUAAUUAUAUUCAGUUGUCUAUAACUAACAAUGAAAUAUAUUUAUUGAAAACUUAUUGAAAGUUAUCUUUUUUUAUAUUAUUAAAAAUUAUUUUUCCAAUUACAAACUCACGGGUAAAAAAACAUAUUUUUGAGAAAUGAUUCGAUUAUACAGUUUUAGCUUUUACCUAAUCACUGAGAGAGAUCGUAUCUAGUACUUAUAAGCAUUGACUUUUAAGAAAUUGUCAUAGAAAGUAGCCCGCUUGUCCGAAUUUUUAUAUUUAUUUAUUAUUAAAAGAACUGACGCUUGCAUUUUGUAUAAUAUGUAUAGUUGGUUAAAAGUCUGACACUAACGCUUUAUUUUCUACUUUGGCAACUUAGGGUUCUUAUUGCUUAACGUUUAAAAUUGUUACUGUUGGUAGAUUUUAAGGUCCAUAGAUGGUUUGCAGUGUGAAGGGAUAUUAAAAUCAAUAUUUCAGGAUUUUUUGAAAUUGGUAAAUUUUACUUUAAUCUAACCUUAAGAUUUUAUUUAAUUAAGAUUACUUAUGUGUUUUUUUUUUCAAAUUAAUAUUUAAGUAAUUAAUUUCUUAAACGUAGUAUAGGCAAUACCUAUCUACGAUCAAUCAACACUGCGGAUUUCAUCAAAUCAAUCAAAUUUUUUAAAUAGUAUUUUUUAAAUUAUAUAUUUUGCAAUAAUUAAAAAUGCGUAUUUUUAUAACGAGAUCUCACUGAAAAGAAAUUUUGAUAAAAAGCUUAUUUUAAUUAUUUUAUUUUAUUGAUCGUGAUCUUAUGCUGUGAUUUCUGUUCGUUCGUCAUUAUUUACAGUGAUUGUAAAAUACGUACGUAUUAUAAGUGUUUACAAUUAUAUAAUAUAAUUCGGAGACUGGCGCGAAGGUAUAGGAUAAUAUUUUAGACGAUAGCAAUUAGGUAUGCAAUUUGAUGAGCACUUGGAAACUAUAAGCUUUCGGUAUAUUGAGCUUCCCGUGCGCAAGUGGCGCUCGAUGUUAAAAAUAGUUCACAUAAUAUAAUUGUAUGUUCGGUCACAGCGAAAUUAAAUAUAUAUGGAUUCUCAAUAUUGCCUGUAUUGAAAAAUAUGACGUAUUUAUCAUUGACAUUGGUCGUCGAAAUUUUAUAAAUUAAUUUUCUUAAUUAUCAAGCUUUUUAUUCGACUAAAAACGCUAAUCGAUAUGAAAGUAAUUGAUAUGAUUGAAGUAAUUAAUUUUAUGGAUAAAUGUAUGAAUAUUUUUUUAUGUUAAAUACGUAGAGUGUCAAAGCAUGUGAUAGAAUUAUAUAUUGUAAUAAUAUAUAAAAAAUAUUUGUACCUAUAUAUUUUUUUAAAUAAAGUGAAUCUGUGACCGAACAACAAAACUCGCUUCGGUCACCGCCGUUCAGUAUUUUCACACCGUUACAUGUAAUGACAAUAUGGUAGAUAAAGUUGUUCGUGUUGUUCAAACGUUGAGUGUCACACUCUAAGGCAAUGACGCAGUAGAUAGGCAAAUGGCGUCGUGGAUUUUGAAAUGUCGAUUAUUUACAUUUGUACUUAUUUAAUUUUUAUAUAAUAUAUACAUAAUAAUAACACACGUUCGUGUAAAUUAUUAUUGUAAUUAUUUUUUGAUAAGCCAACACUAUUGGAAACAAAUCCACAUAUUUUUAUGAUGUGCCAUUUUUUAUUAUUAAUUGAAAUGAGUUAUUGGCAGCAUUUCAAAAGCCACGACGAUUAAAAAAUUUAAUCAAAGUUAAAUAUGACUAUAAAUUGUUGUGGAAGUGUGUAUAGCGAUUUAUUUUUGUAUACAUAGUGUAUACAUAUCACGGCAGCCUUAGGAUAAAGUUUAAAGAGAAAAAUCUAUUAGGAGAUAAUACUUUUCUUCCCUUUUCUUCAUUCUUUCGUUUGACUAACGAUUUUAAUCAUGAGAUAUUGCUAUAAAAACAAAGUAUUAAAUAACAUGAAAGUAUAAUAGUGAUAGAUUUUUAAAACUCAUAAUAUUGAAUUUUAAAAACAGCAACUAAUGUCUACACACGUCUUUGACCAUUCCGCAUGUUUCUGCAUUUCUUUCAAUGUACAAUGAUAAAGCAAUACUUGCAUUUUGUCUUGUCUAAAAUCGGAUAUGGGUCGGUUAAUAAAAAAAAAACAAAAACAAAAUAGUUUAUUUGAUCCAUCGAUCAGAAUUAAAUUGAAUUGAAAAAUGAAUCAUGGCUAAAAUCGUGGUUAAGUAAUUCCUUCUUGCGUAGUUCAUUGCCUUUCUGUGUAUCUUGUACAUUCACUUCAAACACAAUUCUCUAUGUGUAGUCUAAAUCGCUCGAGUGACUGCUGGUGAUCCUGGUCCUAACUAAUAUUAUAAAUGCGAAAGUAAGUUUGUUACCUCUUCACGCUCUAUCUACUCAACCAAUUUUCUUGAAAUUUUACAUAGGUACGUGUAGUUUGAAGUAUGGAAAAAAGGACAUAGGAAACCUUUCAUCCCGGAAAAUUAUCGCGGGCGAAGCUGCGGGCAAAAGCUAGUAAUAAAUAAUUACAUCAUUUGUAAUUUCAUUAAAUUUCGAGUGUUACAAUACAUGAUAACUAAGAAAAUUUGGUUUUCCAAUCAAAAUAUACAUAUUUAUUUUAUCUUAAUAAAUAAAAUUUUCUAAAAAAUAUUUUCUUUUGCCGUUUUAAUAAAAAAAAUAAUUAUGUUUUUUUAUUUUAUGAGAUGAAACUUAAAGUUUUUUGAAUUCGACUAAUAUAAUUAAUUUCUAUCACUGCCCUGAAAACAUAAUAUCCUAAAUCUUACUUUACACUGUAAUUAUAAGCUUAAAAAGAACAAUAUACAUAGGUAUAGAUUAAAAAAAAUCCCCAGUCACUUGGGCAUCAACUUGAAAUUCCUAACUUGUGUUGUGCUUCUAUUAGAAUAAGCGGCUACGAACAGUAUAUCCGUCUGUCAGUGUUUGUGCUAAAGUCAAUUAUAUAUCUAAAUAUAUGUAUAUAUAUAAUCACUUGUCUGUGUCGUACUUGUGCUUGCACUUGCUAUUUUUCCUAUAUAAUAAUGCCUUGAUCGUGUGUUGAGUAAGUAUUUAUUUCUCAAUGGUUUUGUCUUAGGACGUUACGUUUUACAUGUUCAACGCGUCCUUAUUUCUUAUUUACAAUAGAAAUAGCAGAGUCAUCUAUCUCUGUCACGUACAAGGUUCUGAGACAUUUUGAUACGCGUACGGCGGCUGUGUUAGUUUUUUUUUUUUCUUGUUUUUCAAUGCACAGCACAGCUGUGCAAAAAUCUGCUCUAUUUUUUUACGUUUAUAUUUUUUGUUUUUAAAUAAUGUAUUUAAAUGAUAUAUUAUUAUCCAUGAUCAAGGCAAUGUGUGUGCACUAAAUGUAUCGUCAACUUCACGAAAAUUUGUGUGAAAGGAAUUAUUUUUGUAUGACGAAUGAAUUUUUUAAGAAUAUUUGUAACGUGGCACAGGAUUGUGUAAUCAAGGUAUAUGAAAUUAUCUUCCAUGGGAAUAAUAUGGGCAUUAGGAAUGUAGACUUGCAAUAUACGUAGUCAUUAGUUAAACCAGUCACAUAGCUAUCGUUGCUACGCAAACAAAUUAUGCUUUACGAGAUAUAAUAUUGCCAUUUUUACUAAUAUAUACGUAAUUAAGUAAAAAUCUAACAUUAAUCUUGUCUAUCUUGGCAUUUAUUUGUACAAUUCCAUUUCAAUUUAAAUAUAGCGAAAUAAUUAUCAGAAUAUGUCCUGAAAGUCAGUCAUGACAUGCAUUUUUUUUUUUAUAAAAAUGGCAAAGUUAUAUUAAAUCCAUCUGAGCUUUUCAGAACGCUUUAUAGGAAAAUAUUUUAAUAACAUUGGACUAGUUUCUAGUCCACGUUAUUGUACAUCAAAUGUGCUUGUAGACAAAUAUCAUGGAGCUGUGAUGUGACUGGUUAGGAAAUGCAUUCGGCUGCGCAGUUUGAUGAAAGCCUAACCUCAAAUUAAUUUACAUAACGAUUUUGUAAUCGAUUGUAUUAUAGCAUAAUUCAAAAUUUCUGUACGUUACUUUAGUACGUACGUUAGUAAGACGUUAUGUAGUAAUUAUCAGAAAAACUAUUUUUUAUAUAUUAUUAAAUAUUGCACAAAUAGUAUCUUUUUAUCAAUAUUUGAAUUUCUUUCCUUUUCCAAGUUUAGGUUUUCAUCAAAAUUAUGAUAAUAGUAAUACGUAAGGUUGUAUUAGAGAUUGAACGCUAGAAUAGAGGCACGUAGUGUAGCGUUGGUCGAGAUAUAAGACUGGGAUGUAAGGGUGUGGGCAACAUGUACACAACACGUUGUUAUUUAAUUGAUCCUCACGCUGAUUUCUAUUUCAAAUGUAAUAUACGGCGUGUUCUGAAUUUGAAUUCGAUAAAACAGUGCAAAUAAUUAAAAUCUAUUUCACAUUAGCUUAUAUGUUAUGGAAUAUUUUUUUAUAUAAUUCGAUUUUAUCCAUCGUUUUAAUUUCCAUUGACAUUUAAAUUGCUUUUGUUUUUUGCAAUCGCUUAUUUGAUGCAAGUAUGGUUAUUCUUUUAUACCUAGUUUUUUACGACUGCAUGGUUUCCUAACAAUUUUAAAAUGGUUGCUUUUAAUACUAUAACAAAAUAAUAUAUAUGACCAUGUUCUUUCGCUAAUCUCACACCCUCAAAGGAUAAUAGCCCGAAUAUACUAUUGUGCCUAUGAUGUACAUCAUUACGCAUGUUGCAUUGAAAUAAAUAUUUUUCCCUGUAAUUUAUCUGAAUUUUGCAUAUUACUUGCAUUAUAUUCUAGAUUUAAAGUUUUAACUUAUUUUAGAUAAAUUAAUGCGAAAGAAUUAAUAAACUUAAAUUCAAAGAUAUUUGAAAAAAAUUCUAACAUUCAUAUAACUUUAAACUUGUUAAGUUCUCAAGCCCCAAAUGUAUUUAAGUCAUUGUGAUGUGAAAGAAAAAUGCGCCAAUAAAAUGAACUUUU